GGCGUGCGAACUCCACUUCCCAGUGGCCUUUGCGAGGAGCCCGGAUUGCAUCUUCUGUGGUUGCAUUGUGGGAGGACCGGCGGCGUGGAGUGGAAGAGAAGAGCGAGCAAGUGAGCGAGCAGCUGUCGGCAGACGGAGUGUCAAGGCGCGAUGACGGAGCGGAAGGGAACGGCUAAAGUAGACUUCUUGAAGAAGAUUGAAAAGGAAAUCCAACAGAAAUGGAAGGAUGAGGGAGCAUUUGAGGUUAAUGCCUCAGAUGCCGCAAGCCAAAAAAGCAAUGGAAAAUACUUUGCCACCUUUCCGUACCCAUACAUGAAUGGCCGGCUUCAUCUAGGACACACAUUUUCUUUAUCUAAGUGUGAGUUUGCAGUUGGAUUCCAGAAGCUAAAAGGAAAAGCUUGCCUCUUCCCUUUUGGGUUGCAUUGUACUGGGAUGCCCAUUAAGGCAUGUGCAGAUAAACUGAAAAGAGAAAUGGAGCUGUAUGGCUGCCCACCAGAAUUCCCUGAUGAAGAAGAGGAGGAGGAGGAGGACUCCAAGGAGGAAGAAGUUGUCAUCAAAGACAAGGCUAAAGGCAAAAAGAGUAAGGCUGCUGCCAAAACUGGCUCUUCAAAAUACCAGUGGGGAAUCAUGAAAUCUUUAGGUCUUUCUGAUGAAGAGAUAGUGAAGUUCUCCGAAGCUGAGCAUUGGCUUGAUUAUUUCCCGCCUUUAGCCAUUCAAGAUUUAAAGAGCAUGGGGCUCAAGAUUGAUUGGAGGCGCUCUUUUGUUACCACUGAUGUCAACCCUUAUUAUGAUUCCUUUGUACGAUGGCAGUUUCUCACCCUGAGAGAAAGAAAUAAAAUAAAAUUUGGAAAACGAUAUACUAUUUAUUCACCCAAAGAUGGACAACCAUGCAUGGACCAUGACAGACAAACUGGGGAGGGUGUAGGACCUCAAGAAUAUACCCUGAUCAAAAUGAAGGUGGUAGAACCUUACCCUGUGAAGUUAAGUGGCCUUAAGGGAAAGAAUAUUUUUUUGGUAGCUGCAACUCUCAGACCAGAGACCAUGUUUGGGCAAACUAAUUGUUGGGUUCGCCCUGACAUGAAGUAUAUUGGUUUUGAGACCCUGAAUGGGGAUAUUUUUAUUUGCACGCAGAGAGCUGCCAGGAAUAUGUCCUAUCAAGGCUUUACAAAGAUAAAUGGAGUAGUGCCUGUUGUGAAGGAACUGAUGGGAGAGGACAUUCUUGGGGCUCCACUUUCUGCUCCUCUAACAUCCUACAAAGUCAUCUAUACCCUUCCUAUGUUGACUAUUAAGGAAGACAAAGGCACCGGUGUGGUUACAAGUGUCCCAUCUGAUUCUCCAGAUGACAUUGCAGCCCUGAGAGACUUAAAAAAGAAACAGCCCUUCCGAGCAAAGUAUGGCAUUAAAGAUGACAUGGUCCUCCCAUUUGAACCAGUGCCUGUCAUUGAGAUCCCUGGCUAUGGCCAACUUUCUGCUCCAAUGAUCUGUGAUGAGCUGAAAAUCCAGAGUCAAAAUGACAGAGAGAAACUAGUCGAAGCCAAGGAAAGACUAUACCUAAAAGGAUUUUAUGAGGGUAUAAUGCUUGUGGCUGAAUUCAAGGGCCAGAAGAUUCAAGAUGUAAAGAAGAUUAUUCAGAAGAAGAUGGUAGAUAAUGGUGAAGCUAUGAUCUAUAUGGAGCCAGAAAAACAAGUCAUGUCAAGAUCUGCCGAUGAGUGUGUGGUGGCUCUUUGUGAUCAAUGGUACUUGGAUUAUGGUGAAGAAACAUGGAAGAAACAGACUCAUGAAUGCCUGAAAAAUCUUGAAAUAUUUUGUGAAGAGACAAGAAGAAAUUUUGAAGCUACUCUAGACUGGCUGCAGGAACAUGCAUGUUCAAGAACAUAUGGAUUAGGUACUCGUUUGCCUUGGGAUGAGCAGUGGCUGAUAGAAUCUCUCUCUGAUUCAACUAUCUACAUGGCCUUCUAUACAGUGGCUCAUCUCCUACAAGGGGGCAAUCUCCGUGGACAAGGAGAGUCUCCAAUGAGGAUCAGGAAGUUGAGCCACGGUGAUUCAUUGGGUUAAACCCUUGUGCCGGCUGAAGUGCUGACCUGAAGGUUGGGUUGCUGACCUGAAGGUUGACAGUUCGAAUCUGCAAGACAGGGUGAGCUCCUGUCUGUUAGCUCUAGCUUGCAGGGACAUGAGAGAAGCCUCCCAGCAGGAUGGUAACACAUCUGGGCAUCCCUUGGGCAACGUUUCUGUAGAUGGCCAAUUCUCUCACACCAGAAGCGACUUGCAGUAUGUCCUCAAGUUGCUUCUGACGCAAUAAAAAAAAUUAAACAGGAAAUAACACUUUCAAACUAGAACAUAAUUUUUUUUCAAAUUUUGUUACAUAGUGUAAUUAAAUCCACAAAAAGUCAAAACUGCAAAUGAGAGGCAACAGUAUAGUACAAGUUACGAUAUUCAACUGUAUUGCAUUCCCUUCUGCUUAUGUUUUACACAGUAU